GGAAAAGAAAGCAGUCUUUCUCUUUCUUUCAUAAUAAGAACUCUUAUUACAGGUUGCGUGUCGAUUAAAUAUCAUUUUCGCAGAUUAUUAUUAUAUAGUCAAACAACAAAAAGAUUUCGUACGCGACCCAUCUCUCUCUCUUUCUCUCUCAAGCAUCGACAAUGGCGUCCUACAACGGCAGAGCAGCCUACUCCCCUUCAGCUCCACCCUUACCCGGGACCGACGAGCCUUCUAUUGCUCACCCCUACCAUCCAACCACAACUUACUCCGUUCCCAGCUACGCUCCUUCUCCACCUUCGGCUCGCCCUCAUAGUCCUUCUCCACCUUCGACUCGCCCUCAUAGUAGCAGCAGCAGUUCCUACGCCCACUUUUCAUACACUGCCUUUCCUCCCGGUACUGACCCCGAUGUAAUUCGGAGCUUCCAAAUGGUGGAUAGGGAUCACAGCGGCUUCAUAGAAGACAAGGAGCUCCAGCAGGCCCUCUCCUCUGGUUACCAAAACUUCAGUCUUCGCACAAUCCGUUUACUCAUCUUUCUCUUCAAGAACCCAACUGAAUCUUCUCUCAGAAUCGGCCCUAAGGAGUUUGCUGCUUUGUGGAGUUGUUUGGGACAAUGGAGGGCCGCGUUUGAAAGGUUUGACAGAGAUAGGAGUUGGAAAAUUGAUGCAACAGAACUGAGAGAUGCUCUCUAUAGUCUUGGGUAUAUGGUGCCACCUUCUGUCCUUCAACUUCUGGUUUCCAGAUAUGAUGGUGGAAAUGGUCGGGCUGAGCUGAACUUUGAUAGUUUUGUUGAAUGUGGGAUGAUUGUAAAGGGCCUGACCGAGAAGUUCAAAGAGAAGGAUCCGCGAUAUACAGGUUCUGCAAAGCUGAGUUAUGAUGAAUUCCUCUCUAUGAUCAUUCCUUUUCUUGUGUCAUACUAGGACUCAAGGAUGUCAUUGUCUUUUAUUAUCUCAAUAUUCUUGGCUGUGUUUCAACUUUCAAGUGAAAAUGAUUUUUAGCUGGAUUGCAUAUUGCCUUCAGCCUGUUGAAACAGAGUA